CUCUAAACAGUUUUCGUUGGGAGCUGAAGCAAUGAAGAUAUCGGAAAGAAUUUUCGCCUUCUUAUUAUUUGCAGCAUUUGCAAGUGAAAUUUAUGCAGCGGCUGUUGGUGAUUCUAAGGUUGCGGAUUCGGUGAAAUUCUAUGUUUACACCCGACAAAAUCCAGAGAGUCCUCAGCCAUUGCAGGCAAAUGUGGAGUCGGUGAUUAGAAAUGUCCUCAAUCCCACUAAACCAAUUACCCUGUCUAUUCAUGGAAUUGCCGACAACAAAGACUCCUUGAUGAACAUUUUGGUCAAGAAUGCCAAGCUGCAAAUGGAGGAUGGCAAUGUUAUUGUUGUGGAUUACAGCGAAGUGAUUGACAACUCCGCCGACCUUGCAGCCGGAGCAGCCAAAGUUCCCGCAAUUGCCAAAGCUAUAGCCGACUUAGUUGUCCUACUGCAUGACAACUUCAAUUUUGAUCUACAACAUUUGCAUGCUGUUGGCUUUAGUUUGGGUGGCCAAAUAAGUGGGCUGUUGGGGCAAAAUAUCCUUGAACGCUUGCAUCACAGAUUGGCCCACAUCACCGGCCUAGAUCCGGCCGGGGUUUUCUUCAACGCCUCCACACCUUAUGACGAACGUCUGACCGCCGAUGAUGCCGACUUUGUUGAAGUUGUACACACUAAUGCGGGCUAUUUGGGUUUUCCAACACCUUGCGGCCAUGUCGAUUAUUAUCCCAAUGGUGGUGUUCAUCAGCCUGGCUGUGAUGAUGAGCAAGACCCGGCAUGCUCGCAUGUUCGUGCUUAUCUGCUUAUAACAGAAAUGUGGUUGCCGUUGGAAAACCAAGAAAUGUUGGUUUUGAAAUGUCCCAGUUUUAAUAGUUUGGAUUUGAAGAGUUGCCGUUGGCUAAAUGAGAAAAUGGGUGAUUUACGUAGCAGUGGCCGGGACGGUGUUUAUUAUCUGGAAACAAAUGCCGUGGAGCCCUAUGGGAAGGGAGCUUAUCAAAAGGAAUUUUUGUAAGAUAAACAAAAAAGGAGAGAACUUUUGAUGGAAAUAUAUUUUUUGGAGAGAAGGAGGAAAAAAUAAAGUAUUCAAAUAAAAAAAAAAAUAGAAAU